AUGGAUCGCACUCAUACCUUGGGCGUUGAUCCAGCUGGUAAUGUCUCCCCUCGUGUCCGCAUCCCCAGCAUGGCGUCUUCAAUCAGCAGCGGCAACGCUUUUGCUCAGAUGAAAGAAAACGAGCGUCGACUGCCAGCGAGUCGCUCUGCGUCUCGUGUCAAUGAGUUGUUCGCAGUGAUACCCCUCAGACCCCCAAAUAGACCCCUGAGCCAGGCCUCUCGUAAGUCUUCAGCUUUCCUCGACUAUGAGAAUGGGCUUGCGCUCCCGAUGCCCAAGCUUCCUCAUAAUGUCGCCUCCGAUGCGACUUUGGGCCAGCAGACCCCAAACCAGGCCGCAAAAGAUCAUGGCGAAUCGAGCAGCAAAGUUGCCCCUAUCAUAACCGCCGGUGAAGAGAAAAAUGUCACUGCUGAGAACCAUGCCGGCCAAGACUCUCCACAGGAAGUCCGGAUGUACAUGCCAACCGCGGUGCAGGCAGGAGUGCACCCUUUGUCGGCGCCUCCUCAUCAGAAUUGUGUCAGCAUUGUCGACGUUCCGGCCCUGAGCAGGCCCAACCGAGUGAGAUCUGCUCCAUCCACCCCCAUUUUGAGCCGCCGCUCGGUGCCCUUGACUGGAGAAAUCAACGGCAACGACGAAGCCGAGCUCAAGAGAAUCUCUUUUACUCGGGGUGAAGUCGUCAAGAAUCACACAACCCAGCAUGAAGAGUACAACAGCGAGGCAGGCCCCUCCAGAGGCUCUGCCAUGAGCGUUGGAAAUGGUUAUUUCGAAAACAAUCGCCCCUCAUCGUCCGCAGUACCUGGUAGUCGUAAUGGUGAAGGUCAGGCUGCGAGUUUGCAAACUCUUCCCAACCAGAUUGGUAUUGGCAUUCAGCCUGGCUCGACUGAUUUCACAACCUUUGGAGGGUUUGCUCCUCCUCCACCGCACCCAGGGUACCGCAAUACCCCAACACUUGAGCAGGUCCUGGCGAUGCACAUGGAAACGCUUCACCAUCAUAUGAAUCUUGGUACAGAGCGCAUGAUAAAGGUCUAUAGUGACACGACUAGCUAUACCUCUGACCAGAUGCUUCGUAGCAUCGAGGGUCUCCAGGACACAAGCCGCUCGCUGAACCUUCGGGCCACGGGCCAGGCUGAGACUGCCAGACAGCUGCGGGAUCUGAUGCAGCAGCUCCGGUCUGAACUUGACGUCCUCCGCAGAAACAGCCGUUUGAUGGAGCAACGCCUGAUGGAUCAUGUUCAGCAGGAGCUGACAAAACUAAGGGAUGAGCUUAUCUCUAUGACCCAGCUUUCUCCGGAAAUGCAGGCGGUCCCUGGGCCUGAAUUGCCCCUGGAGUCCCAGCCCUGCCCGUCUACCGCUCAGGAAGGAGGCAAGAGAGUCUGGGUAGGCCGAAGACUCUUAACUCUCAAAACAACCAACAAGGAGGGCGCGUCCAUCAAAGAGGACAAAGGAAAGCAAAAAUUAGACCAUGUUAAUAUCUCAGAGGAAGGUGAAAUCUUUGAGAAAGAGGGAGAGAGAAAUGGAAGUGUUAUUCCUCUCCUUCUAGGCAACGAUGAGCAUCAUCUUCUACCCUCUACCGCAGGAUUCCGUACCCCUCAACUGGCGGGUCCUCUCACCCCAGUGCAGAGUCUCACUGAUAUUUCCUCAGCUAAAGAGACGGCUGGGUCUGAGAAUCAGGAUAAGAACACCAGAGCUCAGGAGAAAAUCCCAGAAUCUAGUACUAAUCCUGGUGAUAAUAUUCACAGAGCUGAGGGUGAGGAGGACAAGAUUCCUGCUAGAAAGUACUGGGGAUUCACAAGGCGACGCCGAGAAAGUGAACACCGUGAGAACCGCACCAGCCUCACUCGUUUGCUCAAGACUCCCCGCAAAGAUAAAGAGGGCAAAGAGAAAGGAGCAGUCCCUGAUUCCCCUACUCGACCUAGUUCUGCAUCCGGGCUGCAGACUCUGACACACCCAAUCCCUCCUGUUCCUCCUCUUCCUGCACGGUAUGCCUCACAACCGAAUCUCCGCCAGGCCGCUGCAGAGACGAGCCCUAGCUCUGUCCACCCAGCUUUCCGUACGACCCGGCAGCAGCAGCAGAUGCGAGAACGGGAACGGAACCGCCAGCGUGCCAAUUUGCCGCCUAUUCCUCGCUUUGGGAACCUGAACGUAAACCAGCACCCCGUCAAUGCAAAUGCCCGGGGCAAUAGGUCUCUCGACAUUAACUAUCGGGCUCCGGCCCCUGUGCAGCCAAACUCGGUUGGCCACGGACAACACAAUACGACCAUGCCGCAGGUCUUUGGCCCCCCUGCGCCGGUAAACCCAGGGCCUCCUCAGAUCAUGCCUGCCUUCCACUACGGGGGCGGUCCAUACGAUCCUGCCGCGAGACCUCACAGCAACCGUGUGAAUGGUUCGGUUCCUCCUCCCCAGGCGUUUCCUACUGGGGAAACAUUUCCUAUUGGUGAAUGGAGCCAUGCCAACUGGUACCAGAACGCCUAUCCCCGCGAGCAAUAG